CGCGCCGACCUGCGUCCGCAGGGACGGGCUGGCCGAGGCCCCUGAACGGGGGCUAGUGAUGGAGGAGGAGACGGAGGAGGUGGAGGACUAGGAGGAGGAGGAGAACGAGGAGGAGGAGGAGGAGGAGAAGAGGAGCGCAAGUCCCCUUGGCGGACCAUGCAUGCGUGCAUUCACUGGGUAAGCGUAUUGAUACUAUGGUCCUCCAGACCUGUGGGAGAAUGUGGAAGAAGGAAUAGCGAAAAUCUUCGGUCCUCCAGACCAGUGGGAAAAUGGGAAGAAAGAGAGAGAAAGAGACACAAAAAAAAAAAAAAACAUGUGGACGCGCGCGUGCGAGCGCCGGGCUACAAGCGCACCACGCGCGCUCUGCUCCUCACGGGGCCAGUGGGCACAGGCCGUCCAAGGGCGAAUGGGCCCCAGGCGCCCUCGACGCGCGGCGGCCGACGCGGGGGGACGCCCGACGACCAGCUGCGGGCCGCGCCGCGGCAGGCGGCCGCGGGGCAGCGAACAGCUGCGCGGCGAGCCGCGGACGCGGAGGGAAGCCGGCACCCCUUGGCGGUGCCCCCGGCGGGAGGGCGGGGCAGCGAACAGCUGCGCGGCGAGCCGCGUACGCGGGCCCCGCCCGAUGGGGCGGCAGGGAGCCAAAAGAGGCGCCCCGCGGCGAGCUCGCCAGGCGCGACGCGGGCCGAAGGGACGAGAGAGGAGGAGGAGGAGAAGGAGGAGGAGGAGGAGGAGGAGGCAAAAGAAGCGCAGGCACAUAAAACAAAGAGAGAGAGGAUGGAGAGAGGGAGGGAGGGAGGGAGGCGGUGGGCAUUUAGCCGACACAGGAGGAUUGCAGAGUGAAGGCCGAAAGCGGUGGGUUGGGGCAUUUUCCCCACCCUGGCAUUGAGACCUUAGCGCUGUCUGGAGCGACCGCGGAGGCUCAGCGGAUGCAAAAUGCUUCGCAUUAUGUUCCGUCGGCCAAGGAAGUGGCCGAAUCUCUGAUACUGCGAAUCUGCGCAUCAUCCGCACAGUCAGACGCCCCGCCUCACCUGAGCCCCAGCUCCCACUGCCUCCUCUCACUUGAGAGGUACAUUCGAGACGCUAGAGAAACCUAGAGCACACAACUUGGUACACCGAAAAAGAAUGGUAUUGCUGCAUUGCUGCGGUAUUGCAAGCGACUGGCAUUCUGUAAAAUAAUGCCCACGCAUACAAUCGUUACUACACCUCCCUUUGGAUGUGGAGAACUCUCUAUGUCAAAAAAAUCGUAGAGAAAGAUGGCGAGCUCAGGCUCUGCCAUUUGCGGAAAUCGGGAGCGCAGCUCCACGUUAGCAACGGCGGGCAUCAUCGGAUCGAGGGGCCUCUCACGGGAACCCAUUGCAUAAAAGCCAUCCCACAAUCCUGGCCGAGGGCCCAUCCAAGGGCAAAGCACUGAAACUCCAUCGAGCUUGCACUUGUGAACCCAACUGCGCCGCCAUACCUUCAGCACGCAGCGCGCGACAAGGCUCAUGCAGCUCCGUAGGCUAGAUAGAAGCUUUGUGAGCAUCUGAAGGGCCCAGACCAGGAAAUGUCCAGAAGAGCUGGGCGCUCCUCCCCGUGGAGGGCGAGGCCCCUUCGGGCUGUCGCGCUGUGUGCGGCAGCCUGGCUGGGUACAGUCAACCCGUAUACCCGUCGGUCGGCAGAAGCAGGCAGAACCAGGAAGCAGGAAGGCGUUGGAAGUAGUUUGGGCUUCCGCCCGACGUCUGAGGAGGAAGGGAAAGGAAAA